AUGGGAUCAAACAUAGUUGUUGGAGCACUAUUUCAAGAAGGAACCUCUCAGGAAAAUCUUCCAAUUCCACCAAAGAAAGAUGAAAAUGGUCAAGUCAUAGUAUCAACUGAUCCACUUGACUUAGAUGACUACACCGAUGAACAAUCAGCCGCCAUAACAGUGAAUGCCAAAGCAAAAAAUCUGCUGCAUAAUGCUAUCAGUGGAGAAGAAUAUGGAAAGAUAUCAAGCUACGAAAUUGCUAAGGAAAUGUGGGAUAAAUUAGAGGCCACGUAUGAAGGAACCAACAAAGUGAAAGAAACGAGGAUCAAUCUCCUUAUUCGGGACUAUAAAUUAUUUCAAAUGAAGGAUGGAGAAUCAGUAGAGGAAAUAUUUUUAAGAUUCAGCAAAAUCCUUGGAGACUUAAAAUCAUUUGGUAGACCAACAAAAAAUGGAGAACAUGUCAGAAAAAUUCUAAAAAGUCUUCCCACGAUUUGGCAACCCAAAGUUAUUGCUCUAGAAUGUCAGGAUCUUGGCAAGAUGUCCUAUGAUGAACUUAGAGGUGAUCUAAUUGCCUUCAAGAAAACUCAUUUGGACAGGAAGAUUCAACAGGAAAAGAAGAAAACAGUUGCAUUCAAAGCAAUUGUGGCUGAACCAGAAAAUGAAGAGGAAGAGGAAGGAGGAGAACAGGAUGAAAACAUAGCCAUGCUCUCUCAAGUUAUAACAAGCAUGAUGAGGAAAAACAUAAAUAGCAAGAGAGACAGCAAGAAGGACUCAGGUGAACAUGGGCUCAUGGUAGACGAAGGAACGGAUGAGGAAGAAGACUCAGGUGAACUUGGUCUUAUGGCAGACGAAGGAACUAGUGAGGUACGUUUUCCUACAUAUCCGAAUUGUUAUGAACUUCAAGAAUUUGUUGAUAUUGCUCUUGCAGAUAUUGAGAGAGUUCUAAAUGAACUCAGAAAAAUCGAAAGAGAAAAGAAAGACUGGGCCUUGAAGUUAGAAGUCUAUGAAAUUGAGAAUGAUAUGCUUCAAGAUGAAGUUAAUGAACUUCAACUUCAACUGAAUGGAUUGCGAAAAUCCUCGAGUCAUAGUUCUGUCAAAUCAAAUCAGAUUGCUCCUCAUACAUCUUUGAUUAGGACUAGAAAUCCUACUGCAUGCUCCUAUUGUGGCAAAAAUGGUCAUAACACUAACCAAUGCAGGAAUAGAAUCAGAGUAGAAAGAGGCUCUGAAAAUCCCAAUAAUCCUUCUUGCUUCUAUUGCGAAAAACUUGGGCACACUUCUAACCGUUGCAGGUUCAAGGACAACAGGAGAUGGGAACACCGCAAGAAGAAUAGAAAAGGAAUAUGGUAUCUUGACAGGGCGUGUUCCACACAUAUGACUGGUGACAAACAGUUAUUCAAAACAGUCACCACACUAGAUGGAGGAACAGUUACCUUUGGAGAUAAAUCAAAAGAAAAUGUAAUUGGAGUUGGAAAGGUUUCUCUCAGCUCAAUAUGUGAUGUAGAUAAAGAAUACAUGGUUGAUGAACUUGGUUACAAUCUUCUCAGGUGUGAAAAACUUCCUGAAAAUGAGGAAAUUUCUAUUGUCCCAAAGUCAGUUAUUGUAGGAAAAGAUAGUCAAGAUGAGUCGACCAGUCAGCAGAAUCAGUCAACUGAGGAGCACAUUAGAAUUCAGGAAUCUUCUUCUGCAGAACAGUCAACUACUAGGGAAAAGGAGCAAAUCACAAACAUUCCAAAUGAAUGGAAAAGAUAA